AUGGCUUCAACUUCAAGAGCUAGCACCAGUGGUGGCCGCCGCGGCCAUACCCGGCGAUCAUCGUCAACCGCAGCCAUCAGCGCCGCCGUCCUGCUGUUCGCAACAACACCCCUCGCCUCGGCGCACUCCUUCCCCUACGUCUCCACCCAGGUUCUCCUCAACGGCCCUGCAUGUGUCGACUCUAUGACACCAUGUGAAGGCAACGACGUCGCCUAUAUCUUCCGCCAGACCGACGACGGCGGGGUCGAGUUUCGCUCGACCAACUUUUCCUCCUCCCUCGGCAAUAACCUCAACCUCGUGUCUCCAACAGGCAACAACCUUCCUUUCCUCGAUGGGAAAUCCAAUACCACGGCGUUUAGCGCCGCGAGGACGCCCAAUGGCACCCUGCUUGUAUAUGCGGGAGACUGCGAAACUGGGACCGGCAAUGUUUGGAGCUACGAAGCCCAAGACACCGAAUGGGUCAAGAGAGGCCUCGGCGACGAUGGCCAUGGCACUAGAGGUCCCUACUUUCUGGGCGCAACUGUGGCCUUCUCUUCGACGCUCUCACCCGAGAUGGACCAGCCGACAAUCUAUACAUACGGCGGCAUGUGCAGUAGCCCCACGGAUAACACAACAGAGUGGCAAGGUGACGCCAAUUACACCAAGUCGAUGCUGAGCCUCUCACCAAAGAAGGACGAGGUCAACACGGCUUAUACACUCAGCCUCGCUUCAAGCGACGGCCCGAGUACGCCCAUCGCCGGCUUCACCCUGACUGGCUUGACCCCGUCCAUGACCAAUAAGUCCGGGAUUGUGACGCAGCAAGCCAGCUGGGUGUUGCUGGGCGGACAUUCGGAUACCGCCUUUAUCAACAUGAGCACCGCCGCGGUGUGGAAUCUGCCCGCCGAAUCGUGGACUUAUGUGUCCAUUCAGGCACCAGACGACACACUGCGCAGUACGGACCUUGCCAUCAAGGACGAGAGUAGUAACAGCAAUUCUGCUCGUCGUCGAGCUACGGUCAUAGAUGAUGUUUACAGCCGAUCCGGCCACACGGCGACCUUGAGCGAGGAUGGCAUGUCCAUUGUCGUGCUCGGCGGAUGGGUUGGGGAUGUCGGGACACCUGCGGAGCCGCAGCUGGCCAUCCUCGAGAUGAGCGAGGCCUAUAGUGGGUGGCAAUGGAGUAUCCCAUCAAAGCAGCCCGACGUCGAUCUCUACGGCCACGGAGCAGCCGUGCUCCCUGGAAACGUCAUGAUGGUGUAUGGCGGAUGGGAGAUUGGCUCUUCGUCCAACAAGAAGAGCAAGCGCCAGUCGUCGACAACUACGCGUUUUUUCAACCUCACGUCGCAGGCUUGGGUGUCGUCUUAUAAGAACCCCGACGCUGGCCGUGAGGCUUCUGAUGACGGCAGCGCCCCCAAGGAAGGCGGUCAACUCAAUGCGAAGCGCCUGGGCUUGGGACUCGGUCUAGGCUUUGGUCUCGCUGCCAUCCUCGGCGCGGGCGUGAUUGGUUUCUGUUGGUAUAGGAGAAGGAAGCGCCAACGCGAAUCUCGAGACCAGGCCGUCCGCGCACUGUCCCAAGAUGCGAGCCACUUCCUCCCUGACCACCACGACGAGAUGAUUGAGCGCAACGAUGACCCCUGGGGGGCGGACGGAUGGUAUGGCACCGGACAGGACCCUUAUCAAGCCGGCGAGCGAUCCUUGGGUUACGAGUCUCUCAGGGGUAACCGGGGAGGUGCCUUUACUGGUCCGCUGCCGGGACUACAUAUCCCAAGGAAGCCUGUGUCGAGACAGUUGCGCGGCGGUUAUGUGCAGACGGCAACACACCCAGCCAAUUUCGUGUCCUCGCCAGGACAUAUUCACCCCAUUUACGAGGAUGACGAAGAAGAGUCGUUCCACCACGUUCCCAAGGAAGAGCCCUACACACCCACUUCGGAAGCUCCCUCGGACCCCUUCCAGACGCCCACUCACAAUAACAACGUACCUCCGCCUCUAUUCGCAUCCGGUGGUCUAGGCUCAGCUACGCCGAGCCCGGAGGGACCGCGACACGAUCCCGAGGUGCAGGACUGGGUAUCAGAUGUGGAUGCCGCAGAUGCCAUGUUGGCGAGGAUGAACAGCCGAGGUCACCAAGGCCGUGUGUCGCCUACGCGUCCCGGCUCUUACCGCGCGGUUGCGCUUCGUGAUGAUGAGUCCCGAAGCGGAUCUAAUCUGUCUGAAUCUGCGCGCAGUACGGCAGAUAGCUUGAAGCAGACCUCGGGAGGACGGCGCCUUAGCACACUGGCUCCAUUGAUGUUGGGAGGUGGUGCUGAGCAUCCCAAGCCUGGCAGCUCGUCGUCUAGCAGCUACAACACGGCCCGAUCAUCGUUCGGAGCACUGCAGGCUGAAGGUCCCUCACUGCUAAUGGGCCGCGCUUAUGACGAGGAUGAGCCCCCUCAGCCUCCGUCGCCAUCUAAGUCGAAACCUCGCCGAGGUUGGCUUGGUUCCCUGCGCCGCGUCUUCUCCAACUCGAGCACACCAACGUCGUCUCGUGAAGACAUGUCUCAAGUGCGUCGGUCAUUCGAUCAGGAGCCUGUAGGCGGCGAUUACGAGCCCGGCCUGGUAGGCAUGCACGGUGAGCUUCUUAGGCGGAAGCAAGGCCGGCAAGGCUGGGAAGAGGGCGGUGAAGGAGCCUUGGGGACCAAGACCGUUGCAACGGGUGCAGAGCGUUCGCCGGAGACGGACUGGGACAUUGAGCGGGCCGUUGAACAGCGACUUGUACAAGUCAUGUUCACGGUGCCGCGGGAACGUCUGCGUGUUGUCAACGGAGACGCGGACGGCUCCGGGGACGAUGAGAUCCCCGUGCAGCCGCAGAGCGCGGUGCUGGUGGACCCGGAGAAGGAGAACCGGCGGUCGAUGGAUGCAGUGAGCAGCAUCCAUGAGAAGUUGCUUGAGCGUGAUGAAGAACUGCGGGUGAAAGAUGAUGAGAAGAUGGAUGAGAAACCUGAUUUGCUGGACGAGAAGAUGGAGGAGGAGACUAAACAACCGCUCCUCCGUGACGAUGAGAAGGACCAUCUUCGCCAUGAAGAGCGACGACAAGAACAAGAACAAGAACAACCACGGCAACCACAACCUAUUCACCUUCAACCAAUCCGCCCUCUCUUCACUCAUCAACCUCCCUCACCCUCGCCAUCACCACCUCUUUUGACCAACACGGCCUCCCGCCACGCCCGCAAUCUUUCUGCCGACACUGCCAACACGGUUCCUUACACGCAACACCUCGACCUCGCCCCCCUCGAGACCCGCUUCACUCAUGACACGGACGAAUCUACCGGCCGCCGGCACUCGGGCGUUGUCCUCGAGGCCCAAGCCGUGCCCUUGAUGCGCGAGAGGGCCCGCACGACGCGGGUGUUGCAGAUGGUCGAUAGCUUUGAAUCACUAAGCCGGGAGGGGAGUCCGACGCACGACAAGAAUUAA